CUUUAUUUCUCUAUGGCUUUAUCUUGUUGUGCCUCUUCUGCUGCUUCCUUUAAACAAUAUCCCUCAGUUUCUCAAAACAGAUCAUAUCAAAAAAUUGAAAACCCCAUCCUUAGAAACAAUAAUAAUAUUGAUCUAGUUACUAAACCUAGUACAUCACAAAAGUGGAGCGUUGCCCAAUAUGAUCAUAAUAGUUUGCUUUCUAGUAGUACUCCCUUGGAAAGCCACCAUCUAUCAAAGCACUCUUACAAUAACAAAAUUGCUAUCAGCAAAUUAUUAGCAGGAGAAGAUCCAUCUGAUCAGGCUCUUAAGGUGAUCGAUGCUAUCCAACGGCUAGGCAUUGAUUACCUUUUUCAGGAAGAAAUCGAAAAAAUUCUGCGAAACCAGUUUAUGCUAUUUGAUCAUUACACUGGUAACACACAUAAUAUUGAAGAUCACCUUCAUGACGCUGCACUUCGUUUCCGACUCUUGAGACAACAAGGUUACUUCGUGUCUGCAGGUAUAUUUAACAAGUUGAAGGACAAGAAAGGGAAUAAUUUCAAGACAGAGCUAAGUAAAGACAUGAACGGGUUGAUGGAGCUAUAUGAAGCUUCACAUGUGAGCAUAGAAGGAGAGGAUGUUCUUGAUGAAGCCAACAUAUUUAGUAGUCAGCUCUUAACGGCGUCCAUGACAUGCCUCGGUGAUGAUCAUCGUCGGGCUAGAGCUAUCGCAAACACACUGGAGUAUCCGUGCCACAAAACCUUGGCCAAGUUCACGGCCAAGAACCUUUUCGGUGCCACUUCGCAUUUUGGGAGUGCCAACGGAUGGAUAAAUGUCUUACAAGAACUUGCCAAAUAUGAAUUCAAUCAAGUCCAGUCCCUACACAAGAGGGAAAUUCUUCAAAUAUCACACUUGUCGCAGCACAGGGUUGAGCUAACAAAACCUAUUGCGUUCAUCUAUGUAAUAGAUGAUCUUUUUGACGUUUAUGGGAACCUUGACGAACUCACUCUCUUCACCGAGGCAAUCAAUAGAUGGGACAUUACUGCUGUGGAGAAACUUCCUCACUACAUGAAGAUAUGCUUCAAAGCGCUUGAUAAUUUAACUAAUGAAAUCAGCCACAAGGUCUAUCAAGAGCAUGGAUGGAACCCGUCGCACUCUCUUAGAAAGACGUGGGCCACUUUGUGCGAUGCGUUUUUAGUGGAAGCAAAAUGGUUUGCAUCCGGGCAAGUCCCAAAGACAGAAGAGUAUUUGAGGAACGGCGUGGUUAGCUCAGGAGUGCCUAUGGUGUUGGUACACUUAUUUUUUCUACUGGGUCAAAGUAUAACUCAAGACACCGUUAACUUUGUGGACAAAAUGCCUGGGAUUAUAACUUCCACAGCAGCAAUUCUUAGGCUUUGGGAUGACUUGGGAAGUGCCAAGGAUGAGAAUCAAGAAGGCCAUGAUGGAUCAUAUGUGGAGUGCUACAUGAAGGAAAGACAAGGCUCUUCAAUUGAAGAGGCACGACAGAACAUAACUGAAAGGAUUUCGGAUGCUUGGAAGUGCCUCAACAAAGAGUGUCUUUCUCCAAAUCCACUUCCUGCGACAUUCUUAAAGGCUUGUCUUAAUGUUGCAAGAUUGGUUCCAUUGAUGUAUAGUUAUGAUGACAACCAACGCCUUCCCAGCCUUGAGCAGUAUAUGAAAUCCAUGUUUUAUGAAAGUGGACCCAUGUAACAUACAUCAUUAAAGAAAAUUAUUACGUUGUGCUUAAUUUUCGGAUUCGUGUUGAUAUGAAUGUAGAAUCACCUCGAUUGUAUUUGAAAAAUUCAUCAUAAGAUGAAAAAACACAACUAUCACAAUGCU